ACCGAAAGAUAACCCAUUGUUGCCGGUACAUUCACGACAGCUUGGUCUAUUUAGUUGUAACGUUGUAAUAACGAUUGAUGGAUUGUGACUAGACUGGUAGCCACGUGUAAUUAUUCGUGACAUUUCUCCAGGUAAAAAAUUAACAAAUAUAUAAUCUAAAAAAUUUUAACUCAAUCACAAUAUUUAUUACUUCUAAUAUAAAACGUUCUUACUGCAAUUGCCAGAAAGCGAGUAAAGCUUUUGUCAAAAUAAACGUCAGCUGUCAAUGAUAAUUAAGUUUUUCAUAAAAUAUUUUUUAAUGUAUUUGUGAACCAUAGAAAAAUAUAAUAAAUAAAAAAUGAAGUCAAUAUUAAUGGGAUCAUUGGCGACUCUGCUGGUGGCAUUGUCAUUCUACGUUGAAGAUGUUAAUUCUGUCGCUGUUAUGAGCGUCGACUUGGGCAGUGAAUGGAUGAAAGUAGCCUAUGUUUCUCCGGGAGUUCCGAUGGAAAUAGCGCUGAAUAAAGAAUCCAAAAGAAAAACAGCUACAAUGAUUGCAUUUCGCGAAGACGAAAGGGUAUUUGGCGAAGAUGCUCAAAUAGUAGCUGCUAAAUAUCCCACCAAAAAUUUCCAGUACCUCGUGGACUUGCUGGGAAAGCCAAUAGACAACCCAAUAGUUCAAUUAUUCAGAAAAAGGUUCCCUUAUUAUGAGAUUGUCGCUGACGAAGAACGUAACACGAUUGCGUUCAAAUUCAACGACGGUACACUGUAUACUCCAGAAUUGCUUUUAGCGCAAAUUUUGAUAAAGUCGAAAGAGUUUGCUGAAAACUCGGCUGGUCAGAAAAUAACUGAGACUGUUAUUACUGUGCCUGGAUAUUUCAAUCAGGCUGAAAGAAAGGCAAUGAUGCAAGCCGCAGAUUUGGCGGGUAUUAAAGUGCUACAGCUGAUUAAUGAUUAUACGGCUGUCGCGCUUAACUACGGUAUCUUCCAUCGCAAGGAGAUCAAUGAUACCGCGCACUACAUUAUGUUUUAUGAUAUGGGCGCUAGCUCGACGACUGCUACGAUUGUCAGUUACCAGAAUGUUAAAACGAAAGACCGCGGGUUUGUUGAGACGAGCCCACAGGUGAGUGUUCUUGGCGUUGGGUACGACAGAACACUUGGCGGCUUGGAAGUACAAGUUAGAUUACAAAAUUAUUUGGCUACCGAAUUUGAUAAACUCAAGAAGACGGAGAAUUCCGUGUUCAAUAAUCCACGUUCGAUGGCUAAGCUUUUUAAAGAGGCUGGGCGGGUAAAAAAUGUCUUGAGUGCGAAUGCUGAUCAUUUUGCUCAAGUUGAAAGCUUGCUUGAUGAUCAGGAUAUGAAGAUUCCUGUUACUAGAGAAAAACUCGAAGAGCUAUGCGCUGAUUUGUUUGAACGAGUCACUGCUCCUAUUAAAAUGGCAUUGACUACUUCAGGUUUGACAAUGGAUAUCAUUUCUCAAGUGGUGUUAGUUGGAGCGGGUACUCGUAUGCCUAAAAUCCAAGAAAUAUUGACUGAAUUCGUAGGAAGCGAUCUAUCGAAAAAUAUAAAUACUGACGAAGCCGCUGCUCUAGGUGGAGUCUACAGAGCCGCUGACUUAAGUCAGGGUUUCAAAGUAACUAAAUUUAUUAUCAAAGACUCCGUUCUGUUUCCAAUUCAAAUUGUAUUUGAUAAAACUAAUGACGAAAAGGGUAACAAACAGGUACGAAGAACAUUAUUCGGAAGAAUGAAUUCUUACCCACAAAAGAAAAUAAUAACUUUCAAUAAACGUAAAGGAGACUUUUCUUUUGCUGUUAAUUACGCUGAUUUAGAUUAUUUACCUGCUCAUGAAAUUGAAGCUAUUGGAAGUUUGAAUUUAUCGGUAAUUAAUUUAUCGGGAGUCACGGAAGCACUUGAGAAACAUGCUAAAGAAAACGCAGAGAGCAAGGGUAUAAAGGCACAUUUCCUGAUGGAUGACAGUGGUAUUCUAAAUCUAGUUAACGUUGAAGCUGUUGCUGAGAAAACUAUUACCGAAGUUAAAGAUGAGGGUACUUUGUCUAAAUUAGGUUCAACUAUAAGCCAACUUUUCUCUGGAGCCGAGGAGACUGAUCAAGUGGAAAAAUCUGAAGAGCUACUCAAGGAAGAUGUUAAACCCGUCCAUGAAGAUCCGGAACAGCCGGCUAAGCCAGAGGACAAAAAAGCAAAGACUGAUAAUGAGACUAAAUCUGACGAUAAAACGUCGAAUCAAACUGAGACUAAAGUUGAAAAGAAACCGACGUUAACUGUUCUUAAAGAAUCCAUCAGUGCCAAUCAGGAUAAAUUUGGAUCUCAAGAAUUGACUGGCAGUAAAUUAGAAGCUUCUUUUGAAACAUUGCGAGCUCUGGAGCAACGUGAUAAAGAUAAAGUAAAGAGAGAAACAGCACAAAAUAAUUUGGAGUCAUUUGUUAUCGACACACUGCAAUAUUUGUCGACUGACGAAUACAAGCAAGCUUCCACCCCCGAAGAAGUUGAAGAAAUCACUAAGAUAUGUCAGACGACAUCCGACUGGCUGUAUGAAGAUGGGUUUGAUGCGCCAACUGAUUUGUAUGAACAAAAGUUGGUCGAAUUGAAAGAAAAAACAGCUGGAAUUUAUGAACGUGUGUUUGAACAUCGAGAGCGUCCAGAUGUACUCGCUGGAAUGCGGUCGAUGCUCAAUGGAAGCAAUGUCUUCUUGACUAACAUGAAGAAUGUCCAAGGUGCUGAACAAAUAUUUACUCAAGUUGAAAUUGACAAGCUAGAAAAAACUAUCAAUGAAACUCAGGAAUACCAUGACUUGGUUGUCAAAACAACAAACGAGACUCCUUUAUUUGAGCCGGUGAAAUAUUCAGUACGAGACAUUGCUAAUAAAAUGGCUCUGCUUGAUCGCGAGGUAAAAUACUUAGUCAACAAAGCCAAAAUCUGGAAGCCCAAGCAAGAGAGUGUAAACCAAACAGAAAAAUCAGACACUUCGAAGGCUAACGAAACUGACUCGUCAAGUACAACUGAUAGCGACGAGGAAGUGACGUUCGAUACCGAAGAUACUGAUGCCAAGGCAGCUGAAGAACCAGUAGCUCCUGAAGAUACACCAGCGUUACCUGAAGCUAAAAAUACUACAGAUGAAUCUAAGAGUGAAGAUAAACAUAUAGAACUUUAAAACGCGUGUAUUUUAGAAAAAAAUUAUUUCAUAUUUAAUAAUUGUUUUUUUUUUUUUUUUUUUUUUUUUCUAUUGGUUACAUUGCCGAGAGUGAAUGAAAACAAAUAUUUUUUAUCAUUAAAAACUUUUACAUUUAUCUAGAACUUAUAAUAUAUGCGGUAAGCGAUUUAUUUGUUUUUUUUUUUUUUUUUUAUUUUAUGUAUAAAUACGCCUGCACAAGUCUGCGUUAAAGCAAAUCAUGUACAGUAUUGAUUAUAAUUAUAUAAAUUACCAUCGACAAAUUUUUCCAUUAAAAGAUUCAUACAAAUUUUA